CAAGUGGUUCUAAUGGCACAAGCUUCUAUGAGAAUUGUUUUCCCAGUAAAUGGAUAGGCUGACACGAAGAAGAAGCUGACCUCACCCGUUCACUUGGGUCGAUUGUAUAUACAUACAUGUACUGUACAUAUCGUCGUUGAGAAUUUGCAAAAAGCCGAAAGCUUUGGAUCUCUAAUCUUCUUUCUCCCUCUCCUUUGAACACACAAAACACAUUCUCCCAUGGCUGCAUUUGCAACUGCGGAAGCGUGUGACAGCAACGCAGAACUAAUAUCAAACGGAGACCUACGCGCUCUCCACCCAAUCUUCAAGAUGUAUGGCCAAAGAAGAUGCUUCUCAGGACCAAUCGUGACUCUCAAGGUCUUUGAAGACAAUGUUCUCGUCAGAAACCAACUAGAAACAAAAGGAGAAGGCGGAGUCUUAGUUAUAGACGGUGGUGGAAGCAUGAGAUGUGCGCUUGUUGGAGGAAACCUCGGACAGUUAGCUCAGAACAACGGGUGGGCGGGAAUUGUAGUGAAUGGAUGCGUUAGAGAUGUGGAUGAGAUCAAUGAUUGCGAUGUUGGGGUUAGGGCCUUGGGAUCUAACCCAUUAAAGUCUACUAAGAAAGGUCAUGGUGAGAAGAAUGUGCCGGUUCAUAUUGGAGGAACUUUGAUUAGAGGUGGAGAGUGGCUUUAUGCUGAUAGUGAUGGUGUCUUGAUCUCCAAGACCGAACUCUCCGUUUGAGUUAGACUGUUUCGAUCCACGAUAUUGCUAAGAUACUGCAGCUUCUCUUGGAGCAAGCUGGUUUAUUCGAAUUCUUAAUCAUCUUGCUUAAUGUUCCGAAUAAUUUACUUCUUGCAAUAUUACUUAUAUUUUGUUACAUAUUAUUAUAUCAUACAAAAUAAAAUAAAAAAAGUAAGAGAGUGCAACGGUUAAAACCUUACUCUAUUUUUUUA